CUUUAAUAACUAUUUGCCUUUUUUUCCCCCUCAGCCGAAGCUGCUCUGAAACAGCCAGGAACGAAGGCAGGCAGGCAGGCAGGCAAGCAAGCAAGCUGGCUGAACGGAGGACUGGAUUGAACCGCGGGCGGCUGUGUGGGUGAACCGGCGCUUCGGAGCAGCUGCGCCGACAGGAAAAGCCACCCUGCCGGCUUCUUUGAGGCAGUUUCUUCCUGGGCUGGUGGAGAAGCGACCGAGAGAGAGAGAGGAACGAGGCGGGAGGAAACCGAAGCCUCCGAGCCGGAGAGCAGGGCAGGCUUCGGUUGCUCGAGGGCCGGCAGGCACUUCGGGGGCCUGGCGGCAAUUGUGGGGGGUGGGGGGCUGUUCUGAAACGAUGGCUUCCUCCCCCCGCGUUUUUCCUUUGUGUUCUGGAUCCCUGAUCCCAGCAGCUCUCACAGGAGGCGAAGAAAGCCGCGAGUGAAGUGAUUCAGCAGCUUGGCUCAUUUCCUUCCCGGCUCUGAAGCCAGAAAGGGAUUGAGUUGGGGUGUGUGUGUGUGUUUGCGUGUGAACACACCAGCAUGGGCCGGAGAUCGGGAACCCUGGGCUGCCCUGACCCCUGAGGAGGACUCUCGUGUCCCAAGGCAGCUGGGACUGUCGGGAAAGCCCCAAACUGAAGUUUUCCUAUUUGAUAGGGAGGAAGCCUCCUUGUCUUGGCUUAGCUGGGACCUGCCAUGUCCGGAGGGAUGAAGUUUAAUGGAUACAUGAAGGUGCGCAUUGGGGAGGCUGUGGGGCUCCAGCCCACCCGCUGGUCACUCCGGCAUUCCCUGUUCAAAAAGGGAUACCAACUGCUGGACCCCUACAUCACAGUGAGUGUGGACCAGGUCCGUGUGGGACAAACCAGCACCAAGCAGAAGACUAACAGACCUACUUACAACGAGGAGUUUUCUGCCCCUGUCAACGAUGGGCGCCAGCUGGAGCUGGCAGUCUUCCAUGGCACCCCUAUUGGCUACGAUGACUUUGUGGCCAAUUGCACGGUGCCCUUUCACGAUCUGCUUCAUGGCACAGGGUCUUCUGACAGCUUUGAAGGAUGGGUGGACCUGGAACCUGAAGGGAAAGUAUUUAUAGCAAUAACCCUCUCAGGCAGCUUCACGGAAGGAACACUCCAGAGGGACAGGAUCUUUAAAAACUUCACACGGAAACGCCAACGGGCCAUGCGCAGGAGAGUUCACCAAGUCAAUGGACACAAGUUUAUGGCAACAUACUUGCGGCAACCAACGUACUGCUCACACUGUCGGGAAUUUAUCUGGGGAGUAUUUGGAAAGCAGGGAUACCAGUGCCAAGUUUGCACGUGUGUUGUGCACAAGCGUUGUCACCAUCUCAUAGUUACAGCUUGCACGGGCCAGAAUAAUAAAAAGAAGAUGGAUAUGAAGUUUUCUGAGCAGAGAUUUGGAAUCAAUAUCCCACACAAGUUCAGAAUCCACAAUUACAAAGUGCCAACCUUCUGUGAUCACUGUGGCUCUCUCCUCUGGGGAAUCUUGCGACAAGGGCUCCAGUGCAAAAUGUGUAAAAUAAAUGUACACAUUCGGUGCGAAUCCAAUGUAGCUCCAAACUGCGGAGUGAAUGCAGCAGAACUAGCCAAGACGUUGGCAUGUAUGGGACUGCAACCUGGAAAUAUCUCUCCAAAUGGGAAGUUAGUCUCAAGAUCAACGUUGAGACGCCAGAAAAAAGACAGCACAAAGGAUGGCAGUGGGAUGGUUGAAGUCUCAGCCAGUAGGCUUAAAAUUGAAGAUCUCAUAUUCAUCCGAGUGCUGGGGAAAGGCAGUUUUGGAAAGGUAAUGCUGGCUAAAACGAAAGAGACGGGAUAUCUUUAUGCCAUCAAAGUGCUGAAGAAAGAUGUCAUUCUUCAAGAUGAUGACGUGGAGUGUACCCUAACAGAGAAACGGAUCCUGACUUUAGCAAGAAACCAUCCUUUCCUCACUCAGCUUUUCUGCUGUUUUCAGACCGCUGAUCGCCUCUUCUUUGUUAUGGAGUUUGUGAAUGGAGGGGAUUUGAUGUUCCAUAUCCAGAAAUCCCGUCGCUUUGAUGAAGUCCGAGCCCGAUUCUAUGCUGCAGAAAUCAUUUCAGCCCUCAUGUUCCUUCACGAGAGAGGCAUCAUUUACAGAGAUCUGAAACUGGACAAUGUGCUGCUGGAUCAUGAGGGCCACUGCAAGCUGGCAGAUUUUGGAAUGUGCAAAGAAGGAAUCCAUGAUGGGAUCACCACUGCAACAUUCUGUGGAACCCCUGACUAUAUUGCUCCAGAGAUUUUGCAGGAGAUGCUUUAUGGUCCUGAUGUUGACUGGUGGGCGAUGGGGGUGCUCCUCUAUGAGAUGCUUUGUGGCCAUGCUCCAUUUGAAGCUGAAAAUGAGGAUGACCUCUUUGAAGCUAUUCUCAAUGAUGAAAUUGCCUACCCAACAUGGCUCCAGGAAGAUGCAGUGACAAUCUUGAAAGCUUUCAUGACAAAGAACCCUAAAAUGCGACUCGGCAGUAGUGCCUUGGGGGGAGAGAAGGCAAUUCUCCUGCAUCCAUACUUUAAGGAACUGGAUUGGGAUCUGCUAAACCAACGCCAGAUUGAGCCACCUUUCCGACCUCGAAUCAAAUCAAAGGAAGAUGUGAGUAACUUUGAUCCUGAAUUUUUAAAGGAAGAGCCAAUCUUGACUCCCAUUGAAGAAGGAAUACUAUCCAUGAUCAACCAAGAGGAAUUUAGAAACUUUUCUUAUACAGAUCCAGAAUUAGAGUCUUAGCUCCAUGUUGACUGGACUCUAUUCAGCAACAAAGAAGGAUUGGAAUACGGGAUUGCCUAGACAUUUGUUCAAUUGGACCAUCCAACAGGCAGACUUAUACAAUGCAUCAGAGUAAAGAGGAGAAAAAUGAAAGUGAGGAGCUCAGUGGGAACAAGUAAAUGAAUGAUGCACAAAAGAGGAAUGGGUAGAGCUUGUUAGCUCUGAAUGGCUACUGAAGUAACUUUGUAGUAACUGUGGGGAAUUUCUAGAAAGACAAAAUCAACUCUGAGCCAAAACUAUCUUUUUGCAGCACUGUUUUCCCACAAAAUAACUCAGUUGAACUACUUUCUGCAAUCAAGGAAGCAAAAAGGGAAUAGGGCUGACUGGUUUGAACUGUAUUAGGGAACGGUUACAUGUGCUACUACUUUGCUUAGAAGUUAUAGGUUCAGGUUUCCUCAAAUCUGAGUGAGUACACAUCUGUUUGAAACA